AUGAAUAUUUCUCCGUCCUAUUCGGAUUUAACCGGUACACAUUAUUUACAAACGAUUAAUUGUUCAUCACCGUCAUUGUACAUCUCUCAAGGUCCUUAUCUAUUUAGUCACCAUUGGCCAUUUACAUCGAUUACAAUUGAAUACGAAAAGCAAGUGUCUCGAGGAACGUGUUAUCGAGAUGGAUCACUGUAUUUCACUUUGAAUACGAAUAAAAUCUGUUCGGGAAUUUAUUAUGCUGGACAAGCGAAGCUUUUAUGUCAGAAUGGUAAUGAUGAUUAUUGUGUAAUUCGAAUGAAAACAACGGAUGAUCGUCCGUUAACGUGUGAAAGUUCAAAAGUCAAAUCAAUGACAAUCAGAUCAAUCGGACUUAUCAUUUUUCUGCUAUUCAUUUCCUACUAA